UGGAGGUGUGGAGGAAGGACAACAAACAACAAGAGGCAAAAGCCGAUUCUUCAACCACCACUCCUGCACCACUCCACAACCGUCACUGCUGUUCCUCCACUUUCAACCAUCGUCACAUCGCUGUCGCUGCUGCUGCCUGCCGCCGCCGUAGCCACUGCUGCUGCUGCCGUCGGCACGAUGCUCAACCCUGCGCAUCGCGUGUGGACGGAGCGGCCCACGCACGGCCACGAACACGAGCGCUUAUCCGCGACAGACUGGAAGUCCGUCGUCAACAUGGCCAACGUCGUUGCUGGCGUCUCCGUCCUCGCCAUCCCGUUUAUCAUGGAUCGCUGCGGACUGGUGCUGGGUAUCGUUCUGACGUUUCUGCUGUGCAAGCUGAACAUCAAGUCCUGUGAGCUGCUCCUCAUGAGCGCCAUCAUGACGCGCACCGUCACCUACGAGGAUCUCGUGGAGAGGGCGUUCAAAUCCCUUGGAACAGCAGGCCGUACCAUCGCCAACAUCUGUAUCAGUGGCCAGUUGUUUGGGAUCGUUGUGGCCUUCUUCCUCGUGUCAGCGGACCUGCUCAGCCGCGUCCUGGCCGCUCUUGGAUACAUGACCCUCACCGAGGAUUCCCGUGCGUGGGUGAUGGCGGCCGUUGCUGCAGUUUGGGUGUUUCCCAUCUGCUUGAGCCGAAGCGUGGAAACCAUCUCCAAACUGAGUCGAAUAGCGGUCGGCGUAUAUGUGCUGUUCUGCGUCACCAUCUUCGUCUUUGCUGCUGGCCCUUUCUUCACAUUCGAAUGGCUGUUUAAUGCACCUCUCGUGCGCCUUGCUGGGAUCCCCGGCUGCGUUCCCAUCCUCGGCCUCGCCUUUGCCGGACAACCCUCCCUCUUCAUGGUCAUGCAGCACUUGCCUAACCCAAGCCUCACCCACAUGAAGAACGUGCUGCGCGGAGGCCUCUUGUUGGACCUGACAUUCUACCUCAUUGUGGGUGUGUGCGGGUUCGUUGCGUUUCACGGCACCGACAUUGACGGAAACGUUCUGAAUGACAUGCACUCGAGCAUUGUGCGCGGUGGAUUUGCCGUCUCCAUUCUCGUCAGCUUUCCCCUCAUCGUCUUCCCCUGUCGCGAAAGCUUGUACAUGGCUGUUGCUCCAAGCGCCAGCCCAUCAUCCUCGCAGCCAGCGUCGCUCGCGUCGUCGUCGUCGUCGCAGUAUUCUCCGCGCAAACCAACGCGCUCCACCUCCUCAGAAGAUCCAGCGGCGAGCAACCCACACGACAGCCACCACCACCAGCAGCAACACACCCAUCAGCAACACCACCACCACCAGCACAAGGAGCAGGCGUCCGUCACGGCGCUCAUGCCACGAUUGUCGUUCCUGUUCCUCACCUUCUGCAUCGUGUUCCUUGCCCUCGGCGCGGCCUUGGCGAUCCCUGUGAUCCAGACGGCGCUGACGAUUGUGGGAGCAACGGCUGGCACAAUGGUUGCUUUUGUGCUGCCUGGUCUCGUCUACUUGCAGCUGGACACGGGCAACAAGAAGGGCCGCCGUCUCGCUAUCGGCCUGCUUGCAUUUGGCCUGGUGUGCAGUGUGCUUGGGCUGGCGUCUGUCAUCGACGUGGACCACCACAAGGCCAAACCGCUGGACCCCUCGAUUGCUGACCAGCAGCAGCAGCACGGUGCCACUGGGAGCGUGCUGGGUUCACUGGAUGUGCUGCGGGCUGCAGUCCUGGAUGAACCGCCACGACAGAGCACACGUGAGCCAGAACACAGCAGCAACCGCGACAGCAUUGGCAAUGCGGCCCACGGCAGGCGCACGACAGUGUCCCCUGUGCUUGGUCCCGUGGUGGUUGAGGGCGGUGAUGGGCGCAAUCAAGAGGGCAAAGUGGCCCGGCACGGCCACGUCACGUUGCGGGCAGCUGACCAACAACAGGAGAGCGCCUUUGAUGUGUUGGAGCAACACGAACAUGGACAACACCAGCAGCACCAGCACCAGCAGCCAGUUGCUGUACAAGAGGAUGCUGAUGCAAGAAUACAUGGUGACGGUGGUGAUGCUGGAGGGCAGGACGCGGGUGGUGGAGAAGGCGGUGGCGGUGGCGAUGGGAUAUUGCAUCGACUUCAUGAACUUGAGCGUGAGCUUGAGGUUGCCGACCGGCAGGCCGUUCACGAUGUGGCCAGGUUCAAGGAGGGCGGUGAUGGGGACGGUGCAGACGCCAGCCACGACGAGGCGGGUGAUGGCGGCCCUGGUGGCCGCGCAGGUGUUGGUGGUGCUGACGAGCAUGAUGGUGGGGGUGCUGCAGAUGUACAUACUGGUGAUGGUGGUGGUGGUGGUGGAGCCCGUGCUGAGAGAAGUCAUGCUGAGGACGGCGAUGAAGGGCAGGCAGCUGCUGAUCGUGGUGGUGGUGGUGGUGGUGGUGGUGGUGGUGGUGGUGGUAAUGCACAUCGCGAUGUGUUGGCCGUCGUGGAUGGUGAUGCGUAGCGAGAGGGUUGUCUAUUUUGGGGCGACAUGAUCUCGACUGCAUGUUCGUUCUCAGGCAAUAUUACAUAUGCUACACGCUGCGAGAUGACCAUGCUUGUUGUGCUUUGUACAUGAAUAUGCGAUUGUUUGUGUUACACACACCAGUCCUGUCCCUUGGCUAUGUACUGCAUUAAACUUCUUGAUGCGGG